AGUAGGUGAAAAAGUGUUGAAAAGAACAUGGGUUUUGGUAUUGAACCUAUCAUCGCGAUAUCCGUGAUUUGCGGACUAAUCGUGCUGCUUUUCCCACUGCUCGUGCGAAAAGGGCCAAACCGAGGAACGUACCAAGUAGCGUUGGUUAUUUCCGGCUUCUGCAUAGGACUCCUGUGGGCGACGACUUACAUGCACCAGAUGAACCCCCUGUUUGGUCCAAUUCUGCACAACACAACCAUUCUUCUCAUGCAAAAGGAGUGGGCAGGAAUGUACCCAAAUGGAAUCCAAGAAGCCGGCCACGAAGCUGUUGCUGCGGCCACUCAUUGAUAUAAACUCGGAAAAUUUUCGAUUGCAAUUUUUUGAGCCUAACAAGAUAUGAGAAAACUGCUGAAUGUCUGCCGUCGUAUUUAACGUAAUUUCUCAUCAAAUUUUUGUCCGAAUUUUCCGACUACAACUUACUUGACUGCUGCAUUCUGCUUUGUGCAUUCCAAGUCGGUACAAGAGGUGAAGGUAAAUAAUUUUUUUUUUUUGGGCUGUCUAGUCAUUUUUUGGCGGAUAAAAGGAGUUGUGAAUAAAUGAGGCAUGCUGGUGUUUCUCGUAAAUA